UGAUUUUUUAUCAUAAAAUAAAAGCUAAUGGGUAAUAAGUAAAAUAAUAAUGAAAUAAAUAGGACAAAAUAUUUAUUGAAAAAUACUUUUGACCAAAUCAAAUAAGAGACUAUAAAAUUGCCCAAUUACAUGCAAAAACAUUAACCAAAAUAAAUAAGUUAUGUGGGAAGGAUUACCAAACUCCAAAACUUAUUCAGCAAUUAUAAUAUAGUAUGAUAAUAAUAGGCAGGUGAGAUGGUGGUUCAUUUUUUCACGUACGCAUUUAGUAUCACCGUACAACAAAGCCAACGUCCAACGUGCUUGAAGUAGGUUAGCUCAUUCUGUGGCUUAUAAUUGUUAGUUCAUCACAUCAUAUUUUUAAUGGCUUCAACAACAAAUAUGAUAUAUAUGCAUCAAAGCAUCAGGAAAUUAUUAUCUCUCAAAACCCAAGUAAAGAGGGGGAGAAAAAAACAGCUAGAGAACAAGAGUUUUGCAAUGAGUACUGAUCACCCUGAAGAUGUCAAGCAAAAUGGUAGAAGUUCAUUAUCAAUUGCGAUGUAUCCAUGGUUCGCAAUGGGGCAUCUCACCGCAUUUCUUCACAUGGCCAACAAGCUUGCUGAGAGAGGCCACCGGAUUUCCUUCUUCCAUCCCAAAAACACAAUCUCAAAACUCCAAAAUUUCAAUCUUUAUCCAGAUCUUCUCAAUUUCAUCCCACUUGAUGUCCCUCAGGUGGAAGGCCUUCCUCCAGGCUCCGAAACCACUGCUGAUAUUCCUUUCCCGUUGCAACCUUUCCUGCGUCUGGCAAUGGACAAAACUCAGCCCCAAGUCGAAUCCCUCCUUAAAGACAUCAAACCCGAUUUCGUGUUCUUCGAUUUCACUCACUGGUUACCGUCUCUGGCUCGCGGGUUGGGGAUUAAGUCGGUCUUUUUUAUUACGAUGAGCCCUGCAACCAUGGCUUAUACUUUUCGCCGUGAACCGACAACCGAUGCUGACUUGAUGAAGCCUCCAGAAGGUUUUCCAUCGUCUUCUUCUGUCAAGCUCCUGACUCAUGAAGCGCGCGGACUGAAUUUCUUUGGACAGGUGAAAGAAAUUGGAAUCAGGAUGACUUUUCUGGAGCGUUUAUUGGUAGGGACAGAGGAAUGCGAUGCAAUAAGUUUCAAGACUUGUAGAGAAAUGGAAGGGCCGUAUUGUGGUUAUCUGGAAAAGAAGUUCCAGAAGCCAGUGAUUCUUGCAGGGCCAGUGGUUCCUGUUCAGCCGGCUUCAGCGCUGGAGGAAAAUUGGGCAGAGUGGCUGAGUAAUUUCAAGGAUAAAUCGAUUAUUUAUUGCGCAUUUGGAAGUGAAUUCAGGCUCCAAAAGGAUCAGUUUCAAGAGCUGAUUCUGGGAUUAGAAAAGACCGGGCUUCCGUUUUUGGCCGCCCUGAAACCACCAUUUGGGUCUGAAACAAUCGAAAUGGCACUUCCAAAUUGUUUUGAGGUAAGGAAUCAGGGAAAGGGAAUCGUGUAUGACGGCUGGGUUCAGCAGCAGCUGAUUCUGGCACAUCCGGCGAUCGGGUGCUUCGUUACGCAUUGCGGGUCCGGGUCGCUGUCGGAAGCCUUGGUAAGUGAUUGUCAAAUCGUGUUGUUGCCACAAUGUGGAGAUCAGUUUAUCAAUGCCAGGGUGAUGGGUGGAGAUCUUAAGGCAGGAGUGGAAGUGAAGAAAGGAGAUGAAGAUGGUUUGUUUACAAGUGAUGCUGUUUGUGAAGCCAUUCAAUUGGUGAUGGAUGAAAACAGUGAGGUUGGGAUGGAAGUGAGGGCUAAUCAUGUUAAAUGGAAGGACUUCUUGCUGAGAGAUGGGCUUGAGAGUUCUUACACUGAUGAGUUCAUUCAUAGGCUUCGUGGCCUCUUAAAUGAGUGAUCCUAGUUUGUUGUUUAGUCUUUUUCAUUGAGUUUCAAUUGUGCCAUCCCAAUGGUCGAUCGGCUUUAAUCCCACGAUCUAAUUUUGCUGAAGGGUCACAAUCUUAAUAAAGUCUAAUUUUGUAAUUGCAAAAUCCUGUUCUUCCGUUCUGUUUCUCUUUUAAUUUUUGACAAAACAGUGUGCCUAACUACCCCGUUUUGACGUUCAUUUUUUUUUUUGUUUUUUUUAAAUAAAAAAAAUAAAAUUGUCAACCCUGCUUCCAAAGCCUCCGUCGAC